UCCCAGCAGGCGCCGCGCGCACACUCGCCCCGCCCCCUGGCCCGCCCGCCCCCUCGCGGCGCUGGGCGAUGGCGGAGUUGGACAUCGGGCAGCACUGCCAGGUGGAGCACUGCCGGCAGCGAGAUUUCCUGCCAUUUAUAUGUGAUGCUUGUUCAGGAAUAUUUUGCCUUGAACACAGAAGCCGAGAGUCGCAUAACUGUCCUGAGGUGACUGUCAUCAAUGAGAAACUGAAGUCAGACACACAUUCAUCUUACCCAUGCUCAUUCAAGGACUGUGCUGAAAGAGAGCUUGUACCAGUUCUGUGUCCUCACUGUGAGAAGACUUUUUGCCUGAGACACCGUCAUCAGUCAGAUCAUGAAUGUGAAAAACUGGAAGUUCCUAGGCCUCGUAUGGCUGCCACUCAGAAACUUGUUCAAGACAUUAUUGAUUCCAAGACAGGACAGACAGCAAGUAAGCGACGGAAAGGUGCAAAAAAUAGUGAAACAGCUGCAAAGGUAGCCUUGAUGAAAUUAAAGAUGCAUGCUGAUGGAGAUAAGUCACUGCCACAGACAGAAAGAACGUACUUUCAGGUUUUCUUACCUAAGGGGAGCAAAGAGAAGAGCAAACCAAUGUUCUUCUGCCAUCGAUGGAGCAUUGGGAAGGUCAUCGACUUCGCAGCUUCUUUAGCUAGUCUUAAAAAUGACAAUAACAGACUAACAGCUAAGAAACUAAGGUUGUGUCACGUGACUUCAGGAGAGGCCUUACCUUUGGAUCACACUUUGGAAACCUGGAUUGCCAAGGAGGAUUGUCCUUUACAUAAUGGUGGAAAUAUUAUCUUGGAAUAUCUUAGUGAUGAAGAACAGUUUUUAAAAAAUGUUGAUUCUUACUUAGAAUAGUUUCACUCAAGACUCAAGCCAGAAAUCCACAAGGAAAAUUCUAUGUUAAGUUGGUUUCUUUUACUACAAAUACUAUAUAUAUUUAUUAUUUUUAAAAUUUUAAAAAAUAAAUUUGUUUUAUUUUAAAUGUAUUUCCGUGAUGUCAUUUACAAUGAUCAGUUUCCUACUAAAUGGAAUUUGAAUUUUUGUGCUUUCAAGUUUAUGAGCUGACACUCGAUUAUUAGCAAAUUCUUGUAUUUAAUUAUGAGCUGACACUCGAUUAUUAGCAAAUUCUUGUAUUUAAUUAGCAUUUAGAUGCUGUAGUAACCACAACAAAGGUGUACUUCCUGUUUGGUUAACGUCUGCUGUUGAUGGAUGGUGACUCUGCCCCCUGUCAUCUUUACGCCAGGAUAUAAA